GUGUGAUCCAGCUGAGUGGGUGAAAAGCAGAGAGAGAGAAACAUAGAGAGAGUAGUAGCUUGCAUAAGGCAGUAGUCAAUUACUCUGCAGAGAGAGAGAGAGAGAGAGAGAGAGAGAGAGAGGGGAGAAGGAGCCACUCACUCGCCCCUCACUCCAGGCUCUAAGUUUACAGGCAGCCAGGCAGAUUUUCUUGGCUUGCAUGCAGCGCUCAUGACAGGAUUAGGAGACUGGGACACGGGACCAACCGGAGAUCUGCAGGUUCUACUGGACGAGCCCAAGUCAGGUUCUCAACCUGCACAGCUGUGACCGGCCUCCUGUGUCCCGCCACAGCAGUCUUCCAAAGAGCAGUCUUCCAAGGUUGACUUGAUUACCAGGAGGCUCAACUUCCUCCCCUCUCAUCUCCCACCAUGCGCCUCCUCACUACCUUCCUCCUCUUGCUGCUCCUCCGGUCAGCCGAGCCCCGGAGAGGCCCUCGGUCAAGGGCUGUGGGGAAGGGCGUGGGGGGCCGUGUCCGGGGCAGAGGCAGGGCCGGGGUCAUGAGACGCCAAACUCACGAGUGUAAGGAGUACAUGGAGGCGGGGGAGAAGUACCUGGACUGCCAGGACAGGCAGCUGACCACUGUGAUGCAGAGCUGGCCGAAAGAUAUUCACCACCUACUGCUGGCUAGAAACAAGAUUCAGAUUUUGCGGGACAACAUGUUUGCCCACUUCACCCAGUUGAAGAGUCUGGAUCUCCAGCAGAAUGUCAUCUCCAUGGUGGAGGAUGGUGCGUUCAGUGGCCUAUCCCAGCUCACCACCCUGCUCCUCCAACACAACCACCUGAGAACUGCCUCCGAGGAGGUCCUGCUCCCUCUGCCCCGUCUUACCUACCUCCGUCUCUACGACAACCCCUGGAACUGCCAAUGCCCAUUGGACAGUCUGAUCAGAAAACUGCAGGUGCCUAGCAGCCGUAACCUAGGCAACUACGCCAAGUGUGCAGAGCCUCUGUCGAGGAAGGGCCAGAAGCUGAAAAAGCUAAACGUGGACUUGCUGUGUGAGGAAGACAAGAGACCGGAGAAUGGAAAGGAGCUGCCGCCAAGGCCUCUGGUCACUGCGAAGCCACCAGCCACGUCCAUGUGCCACACUUACAUUUUUCCAAAACCUUUGCUGGACUGCAGCAACAAAGAUCUGAAAAACAUCCCGUCUGACCUGCCGUCUGACAUAGUGAAGAUGGAUCUGUCCAAUAACAACAUCAAACACCUCAGGCCCAAACAGUUCCUGCUGUCCAAAGACCUCAAGCUGCUCAACCUUAGCAGCAACAACUUGCGCCACAUAGACUCAGCUGCAUUUGCAGGUCUGCUGUACCUCCGUGAGCUUGAUCUGUCCAACAACAGCCUCCGUUACUUCCAGUACAGCGUACUCGAGGACCUCUACUUUCUACGAAAGCUCUACCUGGAGAACAACCCCUGGAUGUGCGACUACAACAUCCACUACCUGAUCUACUGGCUCAAGCACCACCCCGGCGUCUACCACACCGGCCUGAUCUGCUCGGCACCACCGGAGUUCAAGGGCUGGCGCGUUGAAGACUAUGUCAAGACCUACAAUGGGGAAUGUCCCAAGGAUAAACAAACAGAAGGGAUGGACACGGGACAGGCAGGGCAAGGAGGGUCGGAAAACGAGGCGCAGGAGGUGUUGGUGGAGACAAGCGAGAAGCAGGAUGAACGUUUGCCGACGCCUUUGAAGGAGAAGCCGCUCAAUGCGUUUGAGAUCAUUAGGUUGAGUUAGAGUGGAGGUGGUUUGGGGACAAGCUGAACAAUGGUUUAAUAAAGGUAUACUCAGUGAUUUGAAGUUUAAAAAGAUGCGGUGUGUACAAUUUUGGGAUAAAAUCCUGUAUUUGGGCUAAAGAUUUUCUUUAAGCAACCAAACGUGUAUUAAAAUGCAACAAGGAACGUGUACUUAAACGUGUCAUAUUGCUAAGUUUACCUUUAAACCAAGGACCAGGACAUGCCUUUUGAGCUUUUCUUUUUAUCUAUUUGCAGAACAUUCCCAGUUCACUUAGUCUCAGAUUAAUGCAUCUUAUUUCCACCCAUCAUGAAAAAUACAGUGAUCUGCAGGUGCUCUCUCUUCUUUUUACUGUCUUUUUACAGUAAUUUUGACUUCAGGAUAUACUUCUUUUUUUUCCAAAAAAAGGUAGUUGUGUUUUUCUCUCUCUCUCUCUCUCUCUCUCUCUCUCUGUUUUUUAAUUAAUGUAUGGUAUUGUCUAACUGUUCUCUGGAAAUAAAAUUUGGUUUAUUUUUUCUGAAAAUUGUUCUUUUGAUGCACAAAUGUAAUGCAGUUUAACGAGGACGUGGAAUUUCGAGACAUUCUGAGAAUUGGCCAAAAUCACCAUGACCUAUAAGUAUCAUGCAUAUAAAACAUACAAAUAAAACUACUAUUAUUAGCAAUAAUAUAAA